CGAAGCAGCGAUAAAAGCACGUCGUCACCUUUUGACCAUGAUAAUAAUACAUACGAAAUGCGAUAAAUAACGUUAUCGCACAACCAUUUUAUCAUGAAUCACAAUAUCAAGCUUAUCUAAUACCAAACUCUCCACCACCAGCAGCGAGUGUUGCUAUCAACACAUAACACACACCAACUCAACAAUGGAAGAAAUCAGGCCCAACGGAAUAAACUCUGUGCAUGCAGAUAUACUAGAGACUCACAUAUUGACUCGCCUAGAUGGUCCCAGCUUGGCCUCUCUCAGCUGCACUUGCACCAGUCUCAACUCUCUGGCCUCGCAGAGCCACCUCUGGUCCCACCUCUUUCGCUCCACGUGCCCUUCCGCCGCCUCAUCCCCUCUCCUCCGCCGCCUCAUCACAUCUGACGGCGGUGCCCGGUCGUUCUUCUCUCUCUGCCACUCCCUGCCGCCUCCCUCCACCACCACCGCAAAACCUAUAACACGAAUCGGAGAACUAAUCUCAGCCGUUGAUAUAAGCUUCCACGGUGAUUUCAUCUUGAGCAAAGUGCAGGAGACCGAAACGACGUCGGGCUGGUUCAAAUGCUCGCCGUUUCGAAUCGACUUGCUUGACCCGAAAGAAACGAUAACGACGAGGAUCCCUCACCUCGACGAAAACGACAGGUGCGAUGAUUUCCUCAACAACAUGACGCUCAGCUGGAUCCUGAUGGACCCCACCAGCCCAACCGCGAUGAACGUCUCAUCGUUCAGCCCCGUGUCCGCCACGCGGCACUGGCUCAGCAAGGAGGUCCAGGUGCGGUUCGCCACGGUUCUCGAGACCCGAACCGAGAUGGUGCAGUGCGAGAUAGUGGUGACGUGCGGGGGCUCGGAGAGCGGGGAAAUGCAAGUGAGGGAAGUGAGUCUGGAGAUGGAGGACAUGGAGGGGAGGCAUUUGAAUGGGAAGGACAGUAUGGUAAUUGUGGAGAGAAUGAUGGGAGAGAAGGGAGAGAGAAGAGGGAAAGGGAGAGAGGAAGAAGCGAAGAGAAGGUAUAGAGAAUAUGUAGAGAAGAAGAGAGAGAGGAGAGAGAGGAAGAUGAGGAGAGAAGGGAUUUUAGAUAUGUUGUCCAUUGCGUUCGCCGCUGGGCUCCUUGUUUUUGCCGCUUUUUGGUUCUUUCUCUUCUGAUGAAACUGAUCUGAGCAAUAAGGAAUUAGAGUAGGACUCAUGAGAUGUUUCUGCAUUGUUGUUUUCUACUUCUUGUGUUUGUAUAUAUCAAUUCGCAGAACCUUUUUACCCAGCAAUCUUGCAUCAUGUGUGAUUCAUGUGUAAAUAUGAACAUGCGGUUCUAUAGGUUAUUAAUUUUCAUGUCUCGCGCUCUAUCCAGUUGAGGUUUCUUCAACUUGAGUUGGAAGCUCCGAUGUC